AUGAACACCUGGUACAGAGAACAGGAGGCACAAGAGAAGAGGAGGUACAAGAGAACAGCAGGUACAGAGAACAGGAAGUACAGAGAACAGGAGGUACAGAGAACGGUAGGUACAGAGAACAGGAGGAACAGAAAACAGGAAGUACAGAGAACAGGAAGUACAGAGAACAGGAGGUACAGAGAACAGGAGGCACAAGAGAACAGCAGGUACAAGCAGGUACAGAGAACAGCAGGAACAGAGAACAGCAGGUACAGAGAACCGGAAGUACAGAGAACAGGAGGUACAGAGAACGGUAGGUACAGAGAACAGGAGGUACAGAGAACAGGAAGUACAGAGAACAGCAGGUACAGAGAACAGGAAGUACAGAGAACGGUAGGUACAGAGAACAGGAGGUACAGAGAGCAGGAGGUACAGAGAACAGGAGGUACAGAGAACAGGAGGGACAGAGAACAGGAGGUACAGAGAACAGCAGGAACAGACAACACCUGGAAUACCCAGAAAUCCCAAGCAAUACCCAAAGCUCCUCAGGAAUCCCCAAGGAUCCGCAGGAAUCCCCAAAGCUACCCAGGAAUCCCCAGGAAUACCCAAAGCUCCCCAGGAAUACCCAAGGAUCCACAGGAAUCCCCAAAGCUCCUCAGGAAUCCCCAAGGCUCCCCAGGAAUCCCCAAGGCUCUUCAGGAAUACGCAAGGCUCCUCAGGAAUCCCCAAGGCUCCCCAGGAAUCCCCAAGGCUCCCAAGGAAUCCCCAAGGCUCCUCAGGAAUAUCCAAGGAUCCCCAGGAAUACCCAAGGCUCCUAAGGAAUAUCCAAGGCUCCUAAGGAAUAUCCAAGGAUCCCCAGGAAUCUCCAAGGAUUCCCAGGAAUAUUCAAGGAUCCCCAAGACUCCUCAGGAAUCCCCAAGGCUCCCCAUGAAUCCCCAAGGCUCCCCAAGAUUCGCAGGGGACUCCCUAAGGAUACCGUACAACAAGAUGUCUGCUGGAACACGAUACAGAGCCAGGAUUCACCAAGCAUGCACGCAAGCACUUAAGUGCACGCAAGCACUUAAGUGCACGCAAGCACUUAAGCCACUCUCCCGGGGUACACCAGCCACUCUCCCAGGGUACAUCAGCCACUCUCCCGGGGUACAUCAGCCACUCUCCCGGGGUACACCAGCCACUCUCCCAGGGUACAUCAGCCACUCUCCCGGGGUACAUCAGCCACUCUCCCGGGGUACACCAGCCACUCUCCCAGGGUACAUCAGCCACUCUCCCGGGGUACACCAGCCACUCUCCCAGGGUACAUCAGCCACUCUCCCGGGGUACAUCAGCCACUCUCCCAGGGUACAUCAGCCACUCUCCCGGGGUACAUCAGCCACUCUCCCAGGGUACAUCAGCCACUCUCCCGGGGUACACCAGCCACUCUCCCGGGGUACAUCAGCCACUCUCCCGGGGUACAUCAGCCACUCUCCCAGGGUACAUCAGCCACUCUCCCGGGUACACCAGCCACUCUCCCAGGGUACAUCAGCCACUCUCCCGGGGUACAUCAGCCACUCUCCCGGGGUACAUCAGCCACUCUCCCGGGUACACCAGCCACUCUCCCGGGGUACACCAGCCACUCUCCCAGGGUACAUCAGCCACUCUCCCGGGGCACAUCAGCCACUCUCCCAGGGUACAUCAGCCACUCUCCCGGGGUACAUCAGCCACUCUCCCGGGGUACAUCAGCCACUCUCCCAGGGUACAUCAGCCACUCUCCCGGGGUACAUCAGCCACUCUCCCGGGGUACAUCAGCCACUCUCCCGGGGUACAUCAGCCACUCUCCCGGGGUACAUCAGCCACUCUCCCGGGGUACAUCAGCCACUCUCCCAGGGUACAUCAGCCACUCUCCCAGGGUACAUCAGCCACUCUCCCGGGGUACAUCAGCCACUCUCCCAGGGUACAUCAGCCACUCUCCCGGGGUACAUCAGCCACUCUCCCAGGGUACAUCAGCCACUCUCCCGGGGUACACCAGCCACUCUUCCUCCACGUAUUCUACCCUUCUACUAUACUCUACCUCCCCCCAGUUAG